AUGCCUCUUCACUACAUCAAGAAUCCCAUGUACGCACUUUGUCUCUUAGCGGCAGUCUGCGUACGACAACACGUGCAAAAUAAUAGAUUUCGCCGCGUGUACAGAACCGACCAGGCAUUAACGAAAGGCGUGUCGCUUCAAACUCCGACGACAGUGCACAUGAGAGCGAACGAAGCGAAUUUCAAGACAGUAACUAACCCGAAGAAAGAGCUGAACUACGUGAAAGUUGAUCAAAAGAAACCGGUAAACCUCAAAGAAGCAGAUUCGUUGGUUCAUUGCGUGCAGAACUUCGCUGAACGGGCUCGGCGAAUCGUUAACGAUAUUCGGACGAGCAUACCGGGUUCCAAAUCGACAGAAUCCAUUGAUCCGCUAACUUCGUCGAACAUUCUAGAUUCGUUGCUUUACUUAACGAGCGACGUCGGAAUCAAAUGGUUAGCCUGA